AUGCGGCGGCUGCUGAGGGCGAUCCGGCCGCUGCGGGACCUCGACCUCACCGACGGCGAGUGGGAGGCGAUCCUGCCCGAGGACGUCGUGCCGCAGCUCGUCGCCCACCUGGGGCGGGGCCGCGACAGCGGCGACCACACCAGCGCCUUCGUGCAUCUGACGGUGGACCGUCACGUCUGGUACAGCGCGCCAAGGGUGCUUAUGACGGCGUGCGAGGAGGCGGCGCCGACGAAUGACGGCAAGUGCAGCAUCUGCUUGGAGGCGUUGCGGGAGGCGAGCAAUGGCGGCGUCCCCGUGGAGCUGCCGGGCUGCGCGCACGCCUUCCACCGGCGAUGCAUCUCCAAGUGGUUCGUGGAGAAGCCGACGUGCCCGUUGUGCCGGGGGAACGUGACCAAGCAUCUGAACCCGGAGCUGCGGAAGCGUGUCGCCGAGUUCAACGGCGAUGAUCCAGACCCACCCACCGAGCUGCAUGAUGACUCGCCAGCACCGCCAUGUGAUCCGUGA